UCCACCACAUGGAACUGAGCAACAAAACACGAAUUUCAGAAUUUCUUCUUCUGGGAUUUUCAGAGAGACCAGAACUGCAGCCCCUCAUAUUUGGGCUUUUCCUCUCCAUGUACCUGAUCACUGUGUUUGGCAACCUGCUCAUAAUUUUGGCCAUCAGCACAGACCCCAACCUCCACACUCCCAUGUACUUCUUCCUCGCCAACCUGUCCUUCGUAGAUAUUUGCUUCACCUCCACCACGAUUCCAAAGAUGCUGGUGAACAUCCAGACUCAGAGCAAAGUCAUAACUUAUGAGGACUGCAUCACACAGAUUUAUUUUCUCAUUCUCUUUGCUGUACUGGACGUCUUCCUCCUGAGUGUGAUGGCCUAUGACCGGUUUGUGGCCAUCUGUCACCCCCUGCACUACACGGUCAUCAUGAACCCCCGGCUCUGUGGGCUGCUGGUUCUGGUGUCCUGGAUCAUGUGUGUCCUGAAUUCCCUGUUACAAAGUUUAAUGAUGUUGCGGCUGUCCUUCUGUACACACUUGCACAUCCCCCACUUUUUUUGUGAACUCAAUGAGAUGCUCCAGCUUGCCUGUUCUGACACCUUUCUUAAUAACGUGGUGAUGUAUCUUGCAGCUGUCCUGCUGGGUGGUGGUCCUUUUGCCGGGAUCCUUUACUCUUAUUCCAAGAUAGUGUCCUCUAUACGUGGGAUUGCAUCAGCUAAGGGCAAGUAUAAAACGUUUUCCACCUGUGCGUCUCACCUGUCGGUCGUGUGUUUAUUUUACUGUACGAUGCUCGGCGUGUACCUGAGCUCUGCUGCUACCCAGAGCUCACAGUCAAGUGCCACAGCCUCAGUGAUGUACACGGUGGUCACGCCCAUGCUGAACCCCUUCAUCUACAGCCUGAGGAACAAAGACAUAAAGAGUGCUCUGAAAAGAAUUUUUUGCGUUCAAGUGAUGUAAUGGCCAACUGAACUGUCUUGGGGUUGGAGACGUGUCCAUGACUGCAGGGCAGAGCCUCAGAACCAAGAACUGCUCUUCCUUGAAUAGACUUUGGCAGGAGAAUCUGCUCCUUCUGUUUUUCUCCUGGAAUUUCCACUUGUUUGCUUUCAACUUCUCUAUACAUUUAAGGAACUCACUUUAUCAAGCUUCUUCUCUGUCUGACAUACAGUUUCCCCUUUGUCCAUUUUCAUACGUCCCCAGUGUUUUCCCCAGCCUUAGAACACAAAUGCCUGGAAAUUUCUGUAUCUAAUGGGAAAAGUUGGAUAUCUUAAAAAUAAAUUUUUUUUCAAAUGA